AUGGGAGAGAAUCCUCCUCAACCAUUGUUAAGAGACUAUGACCACCCCAACGCAUUCCAACUUCGGAGUGGCAUACGUCUUCCCACCACAAAUGCAAACAACUUUGAGCUUUCACCACAACUCAUCCGUAUGAUUCAAAGCGAUCCAUUCGGAGGUAGUCCUCAUGAGUGUCCUUUUGCUCAUUUGGAAAACUUUCUUGAGUUGUGUACGACCAUCAAGCAAAACAACAUUUCGGAAGAUUUCAUCCGUAUGCACAUGUUUCAAUGCUCCCUCCGUGAUAAAGCAAAGCAUUGGUUGAGAACGGUUGAAGAGGGAUCAUUGAGUACAUGGGACGAAGUCACUAGAGCCUUUCUUGGAAAGUAUUUUCCUCUGGAAAAGACCGCCGAAUUAAGAAGAAAGAUCACCAAUUUCAAUCAAGACAUUGAUGAAACCUUGAGUGAGGCUUGGGAGCGUUUCAAAGAUUACACAAGGAAAUGCCCCCACCAUGGUUUUACAUCAUGGAUCAUUGUACAAAGCUUCUAUGACAGUCUUACUCCUAUUUCAAGGGCCAACCUUGAUUCUGGGGCCGGUGGUAGCCUCAAAAAGCUAUUGGUGGAUGAUGCAUAUAAUAUGAUUGAAGAAGUGGCCAAGCAUUAUGCAUAUGGAGGUGAUAGAAGGCAACCUCAAACAAAGAAGGGCGGAAUUCAUGAUCUUAGUGCAAUAGAUCUUAUUGCAUCAAAGUUCGAUAUGCUAGCUCACAAGCUAGAUCAAGCCACCCUCACACCCUCAAGCUCUUCCUCACAAGUCAUGUCUUGUGAGACUUGUGGAGGAAAUGAUCACUUGUCCUCUUAUUGCAACUCAACAAAUCAAGAGCAAGCGGCGGCAAUUGGGAAAAGGAAUGAACAAUACUCCCAAUCCCACAAUCAAAGUUGGAAGCCCCAACAAAACACGGGAUGGAAGCAAUACAACCAAGGCCCCCCACAAAAUAACUACAACCAAAAUCAAACCCAACCUCAAAACCACUACAACCAACCUCAUUCUCAAAACCAACAAGCUCCAUACCGCCAUCCUAACCAAAGGGAUCAAAACCAACAAAGAGCACAAUAUAACCAACCCGCUCCUCCUCCUCCACCUCCUACAAAGACUAGCCUUGAGUCCGUUCUUGAAACUUUCAUGACACAACAAAUAAGGAACAAUGCGGAUAUGAAUGCAAACAUCUAA